CUUAUUUUGUUUGUUUUGUUUUUGUGUUUUGUUUUCUUCCACACUCCAACCUUAACCUGCCACCGGCAUCAGACGGUGCCUGCAGCUUUCGGCCUACAGCGCGAGGAUUUCGCGUCAAUUUUGUCAGACAGGAGAUGAAAAAUGGCAUCCCGAAGAGCAGCCCAACAAUCUAAUUUAGAUCGCUACCAUUGCUUAUUUACUUGGUACAGGGGUUUUGAUAGAGUUGACUCAAAAUGGAUGAUUGACACUCUAGAAGACAAGCUAUUAACCAGUGACUGUGAAUGGCAGUCUAUAAUUUAUCGUCUUGUAUUGGCCUUUGAAAAUUAUCAUUUCCAUCAAUAUUCUGUGGCUAGAGAUCAUUUAGUAGAAUGCGAAAACAUUUUGUCUGACUCAGAAUGUAUUGCCACUUCACCAUUGGUGAAACGUAAUGAGGAAUCUAUCAAACAUGUGCUUUAUUCAACAUGGCUACACAUCAUUGCCAAGGACCAUUCCUAUGAUACAUUUGAAGAUUACCUCAAAGAAAUCAAACUUUACAAAUCUAUGGGUGCCAGACAAAGAGCUGGAGUAAAUGCUAUUCAUGCUGCCUGUCUACUGGAAUAUGGUUUGAAGGCAACCAAAAAGUCAUUGGAUGUUAUCCUUGAAGCCAUCAAAAACAAUGAGCAUGAGGGCCACUGGCACUACCUUAAAGGACAAAUCCUACGAUAUGAAAGACUUUCUACCUGUCAAUCCUCUCCGGUACUUCCUAAGGAACAGCAAAGUUUUGAAAUGGCCCAUUUUUAUGAUGAGCAUGUGCCAUCACACUGCAUAGGGCUUGCAGCUUGUCUUCAUGACUCAGUUAAAAAUGUGAAGGGCCCUUCUGAAGUGAGAGACAAAGCAACAGGACUUUAUAAAACUGCUUUAGAGAAUUGGCCUAAUUCUGCAUAUGUCAACUUAAUGUGUGCAUCUGGACUUUUGGCUUAUUCCUACCCUGUCAGAGAGACUCGCUUGGCUGACAAGUGUAUUGACAAAGCUCUGAAACUUGCCCCUCAGAGCUCACAUGUUAAUCUAGUAGCCGGAGUGUUUUUUAAGUAUCCCAAUCAUAAUAAUGUUGCCGCAAAUCGCAAUUUCAACAUUGCAAAGAAAAGAUAUUCCAGCAUAGUAGAGAAAAUCCAAAAAGAAGAGUUUGAAAACUAUCGAAUUAUUUUGGAUAAAGCAAUUACUGAUCCUCCUCAACUACCUCAUGUGCCUGCUCCUGCUCCUGCUCCCGUGGCAAAUGAGAGAGUUAAUGUCUUUGAUGAAGAUGUAUUAUCUGUCUAUGAGCAGUUAAACCAAUUUGCUGAUGAAGAUAACUAUGUGAUUAAUUAUGUAUUUUAAAGUAUAUUUCUUUAAAUAUGCUGCAGUUUUUAGUGCCUAUAUACUUUAAAAAUGUGAUAAAUCGAGUUGAAUUAACUCUUGAGUGAAUUUUGACUGUAAAACAAAAUAGUUUUGUUUUCUUUUUCAUGAAUAAAUCUGAAUUUUGACAUUCAAAUGAAAAAAAAUAUUUUACUCUCUGUAAUUAUAAAUCUGAAUUUUCAAAAUAAAACAAAAAACUUUUGUUCA